AGAAGAAGACGGGGAGGACGGGAAGUGUGUUUGCAGUUGACGGUAGUUUCCAAACAGUGUGCGGUUGUGACAGGUGUGGAAACUAUAUUUUUCAAGGAUGAUUUGUGCGGAGGCGCUUUUGUUUUGAGACCCUCGACCUGCCAUGAUGCUACAAACACACACUAGAGUUUUCACUUUGGAUCUACCGAUUAGCUACACCGAGCAAUGUCGUUUAGGUUUUUAAGAGGACCGCCAAACAGGAGCUGAAUACGGGAGCAUCAUGUCAUGAUGUGACAGCCUUUCUACAUGGUGCAGGUGGUUAUUUUGUUUGUGUUAAGAUGCCACGACUAGAGGAGGUAGCUAAUGUUGUCCUCAGGGUGCCCAGUAUCUUGGUGCUGGACAUGCUGUAUAAAUGUGACAUAGACAGCUUUACGGAUCAUCUCAAAGCGAGGACAGAAGACAUGCUCUUCAAGUACAAAUAUGUCAUCUGGAAUAUAUAUUACUUGGGUCACGUAGUGAGCGCCGUGGUGCUGCUGUUGCCACUUGGGCAUAUUAUCCAGCUCUACCUGCAUGUUCUCUGCGCUUUGCUACUUUACAUGGGUCAUCAGAUUGUCAGAGAUUAUGUAAGAGAUGAAGCUAAGUACGGGUAUGAUGGUGCACUCUUUCUGGAUUCUCCGGCAUUGAACCGUUUCGUGACUGCCCUUACCAGUCAGAUAAUAGUCAGUACACUCUGUGCAUUUCUCAUGCGGACUCAACGCGUGUGGCUGUUCUCAGCGCACUUGCUCCCUCUUCUGGCACGUGUGGUGUGUAUCCCUCUGGACUGGCUCCUCACGCUCUCCUCCGCGUCCAUGAUGAUCACAGGGGCCGAGGUUGCCAUCUUCCUCCUUGCCAACCUCUUUGUGCCCUACAGACUGGCCAGAGCUGCUUACAGAGAGAUAAUGGCGAUAGAGGUGACUGAGUUGUACAGACUGAUGGCAGUCGGAGUGUCUCUCUGGCAUGGCUUUGCAGUGCCUGUGUUGUUUAGUGUUUUCUGGUUUGUGUUGUUCGGAGUGCAGCUUGUGAGCAAUUAUGGCACUCUCACUGCCGUCCAACAGGGUCCGCUGCUCUACCUCCUCACCAGUGUGUCCGAAUGCUGUGCUAGUCCAUAUUCCCUGCUUGGCUUAACGUUUGUGGUGUCUUAUAUGGCUCUGGGACUUUUGAGUCUCUGUAAGUUCUACCUUGGAGGAUUCAACGCUCUCCAGAACCAUAAUGUCAUGCACAGGGGUGUUACAGAAGGAGUGACUCUGCUGCUGCUGGCCCUGCAGACUGGGUUGUUGGACAUGGCAGCUCUACAGCGCUGCUUUCUGCUCUUUAUCAUCCUCUUCAUUGUUCUCACAUCUACUCUACAAAGCAUGAGUGAGAUCACAGAGCCUGUAGUGUUGGGGCUCGGAGCUAGUAGAAACAGGAGUGUGUGGAAGCACUUGCGUGGUUUAUCUAUGUGUGGCUUUUUGCUGCUGUUUCCGGGAUUCAUGGCCUAUAAGAUCUCUCAGUUUUUCAACAUGGAUUUCUGGCUGCUGAUCUUGGUCUCUAGCUGUAUGCUCACAUCACUGCAAGUGAUGGGCACUCUGCUGAUCUACAGCCUGUUCAUGGUGGAGGUCUGGCGCGGUGCUGCCCUGCCCGGAUUGGAUGAGAUUGUUUAUUACGUAAAUGGAGUGUGUCGGGUGCUGGAGUUUGCUGUGGCUGUGUGUGUGGUGGCGUACGGUGCGUGGGAGUCACUGUGGGGAGAGUGGAGCUGGAUGGGAGCGUCGGUCAUCAUCAUCCACUCCUACUGCAAUGUGUGGCUACGUGCCCAGGCUGGCUGGAAAAGCUUCUUGCUAAGACAAGAAGCCGCUCGCAAAAUCAACGUACUUCCACGGGCCAGCGCAGAGCAGCUGGAGGACCACAAUGAUGUCUGUGCUAUCUGUUUCCAGGAUAUGACAUCAGCGGUGAUCACAUACUGUGGUCAUUUCUUCCAUGGCAGCUGUUUGAGAAAAUGGCUUUAUGUGCAAGAGACGUGUCCCAUGUGCCACGCCUCCAUCAAACCCUCCCCGGCUAAUCCGAACGCUGCAGCAGGUGAAACUCCACCACCCCCCCAAAACCCACCUCCAUCAGAGCAGCAACCUUCUCCUGAGACCCAUCAGGAGGAACAGCAGGGAUCACAAGGAGACAAUGUUCGCUCUGCAGAGACAAACUGUGACGAGUCUGACAGGACGUACUCAAACUCCGACAGGAAUUGUAGCAAGGAGGGUCUCCAACACUUGCACUAUGGUGCAAAUGGUGAUUCCCAGGGUGUGGCAGAUCCUGUACCCAGCUGCUCAUCAGAUGGGAAUGCUCAAGUGGCUUCUCAGGAGCUUAUGGAAGCGGACUGAAAUGUAAGCUCAGCCAGAGAAGCAAGAAACAGAGAAACUGCCAUGGCAACAAGACAGACUGACAGUGGCAGAAAGCAGAGCAAAGCUCAGAGAAAGUGGGACGCCUUAACAAUAGAGGGUUACAAAUAACAGACAGAAAUGCAGCAAAAGACUGCAGGUACAUCAUUUACUCAGAAAACGUUCUGCUGAUGUACUAGGACUGAGCCAACCAAAGCACCUCUGCAGCGUUAGAUUAUAGCUACCAAAUGAUAUUCAUUUUGAAGAAUCUCUUCUUGACAUUUGUUAAGAUAUAAUGUUGGAUGAUUCAGUGUGAUUGUCCAGUUCUAAGGAAGGCAUGAAAGGAUAGAUGUAUUACAAACAAAUUCACAUUGACAUUGAGCUAAUUCCGUAGUUUUGUUUCUCGUUUGUCAUUUGGGACUUUUCUGUUGAGUUAUUUCAGAUGCAGGUUAUGGUAUGUGUGUGAGUUUCAUUCAUUCAUUCAUUCAUUUAUUCAUAAUGCAGAUCUGUUGAUAUCUGUGCCUCUGACUUUUCUGUAUUGCUCCAUUGUGCGCUUUUAUUUGAACUGACAUUAUGUAGUUGUAAUGAAGGAGUCGCAGUGAUUAUUCUCUCAAUUACGUUGUUUGUGGAUGAGUUCUGCCAGAAUGAAUGGAUAAGACGAUCAAUGAAGUUGCGAGCUGUGCAUAAAGCAAAGAUCAAAUCAUUGUUAUUGGGGAGAUUCCAGUUGAGGCUAUGUUUAACAGAGCAGAGAAUAACGAUUAAAAGCUUAUACAGUCACACUGAUUGAAAAGUUGUUUUACUUAUGCCCAGUUUCAUUUUUAUCUGUGUGAUUUGGAGAAAGUUCUGUGUCGAGUUCACUGUUUGUUCUAUCGCCUUAAUGUUGUAUGGUAAUUAAAACAACCUACAUUAUU